AAACGAAUCAUUGAGAACAGAUCAUUUACACUCGGACCUGCCCCACGAGCUGCCACAUCAUUUUCGUAUCAUCCCAAGUGGCGGGGACUAUUCCGUUUAAAGAAUUACGUGUGUCUUAAAGAUGAUAAUUCGUUUGACAACACAAAGAAUUAUCCAACAAAAGGUCUACUUGAAAAUACUAGAUGGACCACCUUGAUGAACAUCUUAAACAAGGAAAACUCGACUGAGAGACCAUCUCCUUGGACGAUUAAAUGUCGUACUGACAUCGUACAGAAUAAGACUUGUUCACGGAAAAUCUCAUCUAGCGACCACUACGAAUCGCCAAAGAAUAUUACAACCAGAAUACCAAUUGUAAAUCAAGCUAGUUUCGUCAGCAAAUGA